AACGCCCGAACCCGGUUUGACAUCACUUCACCUUCAAGCUCGAGUCUUCCAACUCCAAAGUUCCAAACUUCAGAAAACUCAGUGAAAUUUUCAGAGCCGUAUAAAUCAGAGAAUGACGGCGGGAACCGGAGAGAGAUCGAUUUUCUCUCUACUUCUUCUGAUUCUCUUAUCUUUCUCCAUGCCCAGUUUCUCUGUUGCUUACAGGCCAGGUGACAUCGUCCCCAUGAGCAAGAUGGGACUCUACCACUCCAUGAAAACUGACUGGCACGACAUGAUCGGACGACAUUGCCCGAUCUUUGCUGUGAAUCGUGAGGUGUUGAUUCCUAUUGUGAAGCCGACGGGUUAUACUGGAGCGGAUGCAUAUAAAAUAUCAUUUCAAGUUGGGAGAGAAAAGUUCUUGAUUCCAUGGCUUUAUUUGAUAAAUCGUAAAAGCUCAGAGGUCCCAAUGCUUGAGGUGCAUUUGAGAUACUCGGGAAGUGAUUUGCAUGGUGUCACCGCUAAAGUUGUAGAUAUGCCUCACCACUAUGUAGAAAUUCAUCCAGAUAUUCGUAAACAAUUUUGGGAUCCUCAGAAUUGGCCAAAGCAUCUGCUGGUCAGAUAUACAUGGGAGGAACAAUCGGAGAUAGACGUCACUUCUGGAUUUUAUGUACUAUUUGGAUCAGGUCUCACCCUGUCUUUUAUUCUCUCAAUAUACAUCUUGCAAUCAUCAAAGGACAAAUUCGCAAGGUUUGUGAUGGAGAGAGUUGCAGAAAGCAACAUGCCUGCUGGAGGUGUGGCAAAGGUUGAAUGAUAAACUGAACCCUAGAAAGCUUUUACAACAUUUUGUUCUCACCAUUAUAAAGAAAUGAAAUUGGUCGGGGAAGAGGUAUGUCACGGUGAACUUACUUUGUUUACAUUUUCGCUCAAGAUGAGUGAAAUUCGAGCUAUGUAGAAGGCAGCAGAAUGGUAUUAGAUUCCCCAAAACCUGGACAGAGUUAAACCUACUCAGUGUUUU